AUGACUGCUCAAGACUCUUACGAUGAAUUUUCUGAUGAUGUAUACGAUGAAUUUGAUAAUAUAUCAGAAGCUUCAGCAGACGAAGGUUUGAAGGCUGCUGAGAAUGAAACUUUAGAUGAACCGACAGGAGAAGACAUGAAAGAAGAUGAUACAAGGGAAGUGGAUUCAAAAGAGUUGAAUGGAUUAGAAGACGAGAACGCUUCUGAUUCAAGACAGGAUAAAGUUACCACUAAGGAAGACGGCGUGGAUCAACCAAUAUUAGAAAACGGCUUUAAGUUUGAACACGGAGAAGAUGAAACAAUUGAACAGAAAGAAGAACAGAACGUUGCUGACCAUGAUGCAUUCAAACUCUAUCAUGACAUGCCCACUACUACAGAAAAACAGGAAGAAGCGAAUGAAGAGGAUCCCAAUGAACAUGAAGCAAAACUAUCGUUUGAAAUAACAAAAGGUAAUGAGACUAAAAUGAAAGAUGAAAGCUCCUCCAUUGCUGAGAAAUAUGAUGAACCAGAGAAAGGAUUAACGUCUUCAGCGUCUUCUUCUAAAUCCGCUGUCAAUGCAUUUUCUUAUGAUCCGCAAAUUGCUAGUCCUCAAAAUAAUGAAGUCAAUGGCGAUAGUGCUUUUCAUGAAAAGAACUCUUCUGAAUAUCCAGAGGAAUCUUCAAGAAAAUCCUCAAUUGAAUCGCAAAAAUCUUUCGCUGAAGAAGCGAAAAUAGAAUUGAACGGUGAUCUUCUUCGGGAAAAGCAACAAAUGGAGAGCGCUGAAAGUCGUGAGAUGGAAGCAAGAAUGAAGGACUUGUAUAUUGCUUCAAAGGAACCGGAUACACCGGCAUUAGAGUCUCUUGAAACUGAAGAUGCCAGGCCUCAAGUUACAUCAUCUACCCUUUUCGUAAAUUCAGCUUCACGAAUAGAGCCUUCGGAACAUGUCGUUGAGAACCAGGAAUCUAUGAGUUUUCCAGCAAAUACAAAUGUUAAUAUCAGCAGUCCGCAACCGACCAAAGAUGUUUUUAAGGAUUACACCGAAGAUGAAUUACCUAGCUUUGUACUUGAUCCUGCUUCUGAUACUGCAAAUUUGAAUGGUAGGUUUUCAAAACAGGAACUUUAUACUACAUUAAGGUCUCCUAAAAGUAUAAAUAAUGAAAAAUCUGACAGCAAUGGCGAUGCUUUGGGACCAAAAACAGAGCUUUCUCAUGGUAGACGUGAUUCGUUUUAUUCCCGAGCAACUUCCCCGGUGUCUUCUGCGAUUUCUUGGUUCAAUUCAAAACGUAGUGAUUUGAGUCCGGAGAAUUCUUUAGUUGCUACAUUCUUUUUGGAAGAAAUCCUUGAGAAGAAUGCUUCUUCUAUCGAUGAAAACAGAAAAAAGAAGAUCAUAGGCUUCUUAGAAAGUGAACAUGACAUAAUUCCUUCAGAUGUGUACAAUCUUCUGCUUGAAUUUAUUGAAAAUCCGCUAGAAGUGUUAAGGGAAAAGUCGGAAAAGAUCCAACGUUUGAUUUUCAGUCAUGAAAUUCAGGGAGCACAUACAGUCUUAUGGAAGUCCAUCUCUGCUUGGUGCUCUUUUGAUAAUGAGCGUGAGUAUUUUGAUUUAGAAAAGAAGAGCUGUGAGUCUGAUAAAGCUAUAUGCAAAGAUUUGGAUAGAACAUUUCCUCCUCAAACCUUGAAACGAUUUUUUUCAAACCGUGGCCAAGAAUCUCCCGAUACCGUUGCUGAUUCUAUUGCAAAUUUGCACCGAGUUUUGAGAUCUCUUGCGAAUGCUGUCCCUGAAGUCGGUUAUACACAAGGAAUGUCCUGGAUUGCUGGCUCUCUUUUAAUGUAUUUGCCUCCUCCACAGGCCUUUUCAGUGCUCGUUCUACUGUUUAAGGAAUACCAUUUACAAAGCAUUUUUUCUCCUGAGUUGAAAGGUCUGGGUCGUAUCAUGCAUCAGUUUACUCGAUUGGUGGAAGAUUUCAUGCCCGCAUUGGCUGUACACUUAAAGAAAAACGAGAUUGAGACUUGUUCUUAUGCUUCUGAAUGGUUUCUUACUUUGUUUGCGUAUAAGUUUCCUCUAAAUGUUGUCGCCAAAAUUUACAAUAUAUUACUUUUUUACGGUUCUACUAUUUUACUGAACAUUGGUCUAGGGUUGUUAAAGAAUAGUGAAAAAAGCCUUUUGCUGUUAAAUAAUGAUGAACUUAUAACAUAUCUGAAGGACGAUAUAUUUUCUUCUUUUAUGUUGGGGGACGAGACUGGCCAAUACGAUAGCAACAAAGUGUUACAGUUUGCUUUUACUUUCCAAACCUCAAAGUCAGCUAUAGACACUUAUGGUAAUGAGUAUGAUACGUGGCUGAAGGCUCAGAAAGAAGUCGAUGUGCAAUUGGAAAAUGCAAAGAACACUAACAAAUCAUUGAAUGAUCACUUUUCGACGUUGAAUGAAACUAUGUCUAAAUUACAUGCUGAGCACGAGAAUAUGAAUGGUAUGCUAGUUGAAGAAAAGUUGGUUUUAAAGCGACAAGCAGAAGAGCAAAGUGAGAUGGAGUCAAAGAUUUCCUCGUUACAUAGUCAGCUUUCAAAAAUCAAGUCCAAAGUGGAAGGGUCUUUCCAAGGUGAAAUGGAAGCCAUAAUCGCUGAAAAUCUUAAAAUUAUGUCAGAAGGUCAAGUAUUUGAGGAUGAACUUUUCAAAAAGGAAAAAAGACUUGCUGAAACAAAAGUCAAUUUAGCUACAAUGGAUGGAGAGCAUAUGAUGGCAUUGCAAAAAUGGAGUCAAUUGAUGAAUCGUAUUAAUAAAGGAUAG